AUGAAUCAACUUGGUAAAGACAGCGACGUGGACAGCACAACAGAUCCUGCAGUAGUAGGAAUUUCAGAAGUCGCAGAUGUCGGCAAUGUGGUUCCAAUGACGAGAAUCGACCCUGAAGUGGGCAUCGCAGAUCUAGAACCGACGCUUCGAUUUUUCCACCAGGAGGUUUUGCAACAGGAACUGAAUACUAUCAGGGACCUCAAGACUGCUCAAUUACAAAUAGAUGCUGCAAUUAGUGAAUUGAUGCAAGAAUUGGACUAUAAAUCUGCAGACGAUGACAAGAAAUACAAAUUCAAAUGGAGUACGGCUUCAACGUACAACCUUUUGAAGUAUUGUUUUGAUAUUGGACCCUUUUACGGGUUCGAAAACGGCAAAGAUCCUUCUUUGCGGAAACUAGAGCAAAGCAGUUUUAUCUCGCUGAAAUGGGGGUGUGUGUGGUACGACGUUUUGAGAUCGGCUGAAUUUCCUUCGCAGGUGGUCCCCACCGAACUGCAGUGCAAAACCCGCUUCAAAUACUUGCUGGAACAGGCCCAUUCGCGUCUUUUCAUCGGUGAUAUCAAAAAACAAUUCAUUCUCACGGGUGUACCCAGGGUCGAUGCUAUUUUGGAAAAAGUGACCAAACUGAAGUACGAGGCCGAAGAACGUAAAACUCUAUUGCAGAAGUUCGAAGGACAGCGUGCCAAACGCAGCGUCAGCGACAUGAUCGGCGAUACCAUCGACUCCAGCCUGGCGAGUGUGGAACCUGAAUUGGCUGACCUCAGCCGCAUUGGAGCAGAAGCCAUGAAUCCCAUAAAGCGAAGAAUCGACAUAGCAGCUGCUGCAAGAGCUGUAAAUGAGGACUUCCGCGAUAAGCAAUUGGCCCUUCAGCAGGAGCAUAUUGCGGUCGAACACGAACAUCUGGCGUUGGCACGUCAAAAAGAGCGGCGAGAGGCCACUGACUCCAACGUGAAACGCGUAACGUCCAUACUUGGGAUCUUGGGCUAUGCCCACGAUCUCGACAACGAAAGACUCCGGAUCAAGGACACCCUCCUAAAUGUUCUGCAGGAUGCCCUUCACGAUUUGCAAACUACUAUCCAUUGA